AUCACGGUCCCAUAUGAAUCAUAUUCGAAAUAGCAGCUUCCUCCAUUGGACUUGACCAACAGGAACCACCUAGAAUCCAAAAUGAAAUUCGUCAUCGUCUGUUUCGCCAUGGUGGCCGUAGCCGCAGGAGACGUUCUGAACGUCGUACAACACCCGACGGCCAUUCUGAAGCAGUCGCAGGACUUAUCGUCGGACGGCGCCUACUCCUACGCCUAUGAAACCGAAAACGGGAUCUACCGUGCCGAAAGCGGAAGUCCGGUCGUCGUGGACCCGACCAGCCCGCCGGUUGUCGUCAGCCAGGGGCAAUACCAGUACACAGCGCCCGACGGUACACCGAUCGCCGUUUCCUACGUUGCCGACCAUAACGGAUACCAACCGCAGGGCGAGCACAUCCCGACGGUUUCGCCGCUGAUUCAACGGGCCCUCGAGUACAUCAGGGCUCACCCGCCCAAACCCGAAACCCAGGCGUUCUAAAAUGAUACAAGCGGCCCCCCUCUGCUCGUUUACGAUCGAUACCUGUACAUAAGUUUACCAAAAUUGUUCGCUAAUAAAUAUCUUUGAAAGAA